AUGGCAGCCCGGAGGACGGAGCUUCCCGCGCCACCGUCAGCCCCGGGGAGAGACGACAUGAGGGACAUGUUCAGGGACUCUGUGGGGAAGAGGAGGCACUACCCCUUCCAGGAACAAAACGAGGCUUGUUACCUUUCAUACAAACGUUUCAGGAGGUGGAUCCACUUCCCCAGGAGCGGCACAGAGGCGCCUGCUGUGAGCACACCUCUGACCACUGGGCGGCGCCAGAGGGAGUGGAGCUUCGAGUUGGACACCGUGUGUCAGAGGCUGGAGUUGGACUCUCCACCCGCACACCAUGAAGCAGCACGCGGAGGCCUGCAGGGGGCGCUGCAAGAGACAACACUGGAGGGAGGUUUGUCCCACUGGGCGACCUUUACACAUCUGAACACGUCACAUACCAUCAGGGACAGGGAACGACCUGCGCCACCCAAUAUCCCACAACAGGGAUGGAUGUGGAGAGCAGCAGUGGAAAAACCGGUCAGCACACAACAGACUGAAGCUGAUGUGAGAAGAUGUAGUUUGCAGCCAUUCACAGUUCUGGACAAAGCUCCCGAGAGUCCACAUGGAGGGUCAGUGAUGCAGCUGGCAGCGCCGUCACUUCUGAACGACUACUACACUAAUGUUCUCGACUGCAGUUGUAACGGUACGGUUGCAUUAGCCCUGGGAUCUUCUGUUUUCCUCUGGAAUUCAGAAACCCGAGCUCUGGUGGGAAGUCUGGAGCCGAGGCCGCAAACAAGACGCCACCAGUCGGUCUUGUCUCUGUGCUGGAGCAGAGACGGCAGAGCUCUGUGCAUUGGGACCAGGCGAGGGGAGGUUGAGCUGUGGGAUGUUGAAAAUAAGCAGAAUGUGAGGCGUCUGCCGUCACACCUUUCUGUGGUCGGAGCCCUUUCCUGGCAGCAGCAGUUACUCAGCAGCGGCUCAGUUCUCGGACGCAUCCAUCACCUUGACCCUCGGGCUCCUGCACCUCUGGUUGGUGUGGCUGUGCAGGAUGAGGGGAUCUGCAGCCUCCAGUGGUCACCGGGAGACGACUGGCUGGCCAGCGGCUCCACAGACGGCCUCCUCCGUAUAUGGGACCGGGACAUCGCAGGACCCACAAGGACAAAGCAGCCGGUGAUGACAAUGAAACAGCCCAGUGCUGUCAAGGCGAUGGGAUGGUGUCCAUGGCAAGAGAAGAUCAUCGCUACAGGUGGAGGAUGGAAAGACGGAGAGCUGAGAAUCUGGGACACACAAUCGGGGACUUGUGUGAAUUCUGCCAACACCAACUCGCAGAUCUGUUCUCUACGAUGGGCUGAAAAGAAGAAGUGUCUGGUCACAGGUCACGGCCUUCCUCAUCACCAAGUCACCUGCUGGAGCUGGGGGUCUGCUUCCCUCCAGCCGGUCUGUCAGCUCACAGGUCAUUCUGGUCGAGUUCUGCACUUGGCCUCAAACCCCGACAGUACUCAGAUUUACUCUGCUGCAGCCGACCAGUGCUUCCGCAUCUGGGACCUUUAACAUUCAGCAUCACAUCACUGAUGGUGACUGUGGUUGGGGAACUGGUCAGACCUGUUUUGCAACUUAUGUUCACACACACACAAGUUCGCAAACUUUCUUGGUAAUACCACUGUCUGGGGCCUGUGCAUUUCCUGUGCCCCUGCUCCGAAGUAACCACAUUACCUCCAAGUUGAAAGGGUUGUCACACUAAGAUAAGACAUAAGCUCCUUCAUGGUUAAUUUGUACAAAUCUUUGUGGAUGUUUUUUAUGUAGCAGUUUACUUUAAAAUGUUGAGAGAGCAUGAAACAAUAACAACAGGACAUAUAAAUGAAAGGACACAUAGCACCAUCAACCCCAAUGAAAACUGCAGUAUUCAUUGUGGUUGCCUUUCAAUGACAUAUCAUCAGUUUUAACGCCACAAAGAUUUCACUGCUAACCAAUUAGCAAGUGUGCGUUCAUUUCCUUCCCUUUAGCAGUGGCUGUGGCUGAGGGGAAGAGCAGUCGUCUUCAAACCAAAAGGUCGAAGCUUCAAAUCCCAGCCCCAACGACUAAUUGGAAGUCGCUUUGUAUAGCUACAUGUAACCGAUAAUGAUUAUUUAAUUGCCAUUUUCUGUGUAAUGUGAAUAAAAACACACAACCUCAUCUGUGAACAUGAUUUUCAGGUAGAUUUCCUGCUUCACGACAUCAAGGUCUUUUUGGCUCGUUCGUUAUUGUUUUGAUUGAGAGACCCCUAGAGGCCGAAGUUACUUAUUGUACAUUAUAGAGGUAGUACCACAACACAAUCGUAUUAUACAGACAAAUACGGUACAUCUAGACAAUCAUUUAAAAAUUGGGUUUUUCUUAUGUGAAUGUAUUGUGUAUGUGUGUGUGUUUGCGUGUGAACUGGAACUGCUUGACUCUUUUCUGGCAGAUAAUCAGAGUGCAAUUUUUGGAAUUCGUUUUAGGACUCAUAAACAAAGAAAAAGCUCCCACACUUAUGUUUCACAUCGAUGAAAUGAAAGCGAAUCAAAAGCCUACGAGUUGAAAGAUAUUUCGUUUAGAACUUGUCAUGUCAGAAUUGAAAGAACACUUUGUGCCUUUUGUGGAAAAAGUGGUGAAGACUUCCUUUGAAGACCCUGAGUGAAAUAAACGUAGAGCAACAUGUGAGGUUUUAACUUUGUCACCUCAGGCAUCCGUUUCUCAGACUGCACCAAACCACUCUUCAUCAACACACACAUUCACAGACAGAAGCUGUGCAAUGCACACUUCCUGAGAAAACAUAUCGAACUUUAAAAAAGGCUUGUGAAUUUAGAAACUGAAACGAGGUUAAUUCCUGCAAACUGCACUGCCUGCAGGACCCCAGCUAUUACCGUGGUUGCUCGAAGAAUAAAACUGAAAACGUUCCUCUACGUGCAGAUGUCGCCUGUGGGGCUGCAACUGAUGCAAACACUCAUCUGUCCUAAUCACCUCAGGGAUCAUGUCAGGAAGUAGAAAA